UGGCCACACUGAGUUCAACAACAACCCUGGCAGCGAAACAAAACUCGACAAAUUAUUAAAUUUCCUAAGCGUAACGUCAAUAGUUUCGGAUAUCAAAUAAAAAACCUUUCGGCUCACCGAGUUCCGAAAUAAAAUCCACAAGGCUGCAACAUCCGCAUUUAGCAUUAGCGCCCACAACUAAAUUGACUUAAUUAGCAACUACUAAGAGCCAUGGCACGCGGGCACCAGAAGAUCCAAUCGCAGGCGAAGACCGCCGAGAAGCAGGCCAAGAUGAAGAAGCAGCAGGGCCACAGCGCCAACGACCAGAAGAAGGCCGCCCAAAAGGCUCUCGUCCAUGUCUGCGCCGUGUGCAAGUCACAAAUGCCCGACCCCAAGACAUAUAAGCAGCAUUUCGAGAACAAGCAUCCCAAGAACGACAUGCCCGAGGAGCUUAAGGACGUCUGAUGGCCGACCUCGCCCUGCGCUUACACUUUAAUGCAUAUAUCAAGCUGAACGGAGAUCGUCGGAGUUGCCUACCAAGUACGAAACCUUUGCAACAAUAAGUUUACAUCAGCCCGAACAAGAACAGCAACAAUCAAGCCGAAGGGAGGGGUGGAUAACAGCAAAAAAAAAACGAAUAAUGAUAUAAUUGCCAAUGCAAGGAUCGCAGCUGAAUUUUUUGUCUACACAAACUGCUGACUUUUGGUUUUGGUUUUAGUUUUACUCAAAAAAAAAAAAAAACAACA